UGAAUGAAUGAGAGACCCGCGAAAUUGUGCGAGAUUAACAAUAGAUAAAUACUACUAGGUGUUUAUAACCAAUGCUUUAUAGUUAUUCCACUUAUUUGUGAGGUAACUAUGUGGUGGAUAUACCUAUUAGUUACUUGGAGCAACCUAAAGUAACAUUGAUAACGGCAACAAGUUUCUGAAAUGCCGUUUGUUUUGAAUUUAAAUUUGUGCAAACAUAUACCCGGGUACAUUAAUAUAAUUCUCUUUUUUUGGUAUGUGUGGUCGAUGUUCACCAAUCACGGGUGCUAUGGAAACGAGCAGGAAAACAAAACAGCCAAGGAACGUUUGUUUUUUUUUUCAUGCAAUAAAAUCGCUUGUAAGUAGUUAUAAGUGUAAAUGUGCAAGUAAAAUCUUAUUUGCAGCUGUUGUUACUGAUUUACUUAUUGAUUCUGGUUUGUUUUACAUAUAUUGUAUUUCAAAUAAUAAUUAAUAAUGAGUGACAGUUGGCGGCAAACAAUGAUGAACAUUACUGAUCGUAUAUUUCCAUCUCUCCCUCCCGAAGAAAAAGUCGGAACAGCUUUUGGUAACGAAAUCGUAUCUAGUCUUCCACUGCAAAUGUCACUGUAUUUUAACGUUGUAUACUUUCCAUUUUGGCUUUAUACGUUUUUAUCACUGAUUUCUUUUAAAUUGAAUUGUCUAAACAUGUUAACUCAAACUAUAAUUUCCGUGUCACUAUUUUUGAUAUUGAUGCUGGAAUGCGCUCGACUGUACUUGGGUGUUCAAGGAAAUCUCAAAGAAAAAAUUCCAGAUUUGGCCGCAUUUUGGAUGUUUUCAUUGAUUCUCCAAUUACCUCUGCAGUUGGUAUUCUUGUUCCUGAACACCAUGCCCGUUGAAAUUGCCGUUCAAGGCAUAAUGUGCCUUUUACUCUUGUCGCAACUCGUAUUUGGGUUCGUGGUUCUACGUGACAUGGCAAAACAUCACAAGCUCCGUUUUCACAUAUCGCAAUUCUACUGCACCCAGCACAUCAAAACCGAAUGAAUAAAGGACAAGUGAACUGUUACAUUGUAUAUUUUUCACAUGAAUACAUACGAAUGUUUUAAAUCAUUCAAACGUAUUAUAUAAUAUUUAGGUAUGGGUUUUCAAUUUUAAUCAAAUGUAAAGAAUGCAACUAAAUCAAGUAUUUGUGUAUACAUAUAAUACAAUACUAUGUACCUACCUACCUAUUAAUAAUUGAUGAGUGGCAUUAUCGCAAAAGACUAAAAAAUGUUAAAAAAUGUUUCGGGUUAGGGUUUUUUGUGCAUGUUGACGAUGUUCGCAAAUCGGGUGGCAUGGCAUCGUAAUGCAACAAAAGAACUUUGUUAAGGGCGAGUUAACGACCGAAAGAGGUAAAUGAGUCGAGAGAAGGACUGGUCGGGCAUAUUCAAACACCAGAUGGAAGAGAUAAUAGAAUAUUACGCGGAAACACAGAAGUAUUUAAUAUAAUAUUAUACAUGUGCGGUAUGUGUUCCAAGGGACGUUUUAAGGGUUAAACCAUUGUCUAGGGACUCCGGGAUACGCCAGUGCGCCGUUUGUCUUACAGUUGUGCGCGCCAUAUCUCCGCGUGUAUAAUAUAAUGAAAGUUAAUGAGGCUGAAAUGCAGAUUGCACAGCAAGACGGUGCCGUUUUCGCUGAUUAAUGGCUCCCCGUUCGCGGAGGAAACAAUGCGAUAAUAACUUUAUUACGCCGGACGAACAAGUCGUGUCGCUCAGGAAAUCCAGCCCAGAGUGUGUUAUCUGGUCUCCCGAGAUCUAUCUCGUGUUGUAAUCGCAUUGAUCUAAUUAUAUAAAUAUAAUACAAUAUUCCGACAGACAUCGGUUCGUUUCCAAUACUGUAAUGUAGCAUAUUAUUACGAAUUACAGUGACGCAUAGUUAUGAUACACCUAUAUAGGUAAUAUAUGUUACUUAUCUAAGUACGAAUAGUAUAUUCUUGUAUUAUUUUCCUGAAUAUUACUAUGUAGAUAGUACUAAAAAAGAUGUCGAUAAAGAGAAAAAUAAUACACCCAUAUCGAUUAUGAUUAUACAUUUUUUUUAAAUAAUGUUAACUGACCCAUAUUUUAUAACUAUAAUAUAAUGAAAUAUACUGUGCAUUCAAUAAUAUACUCUCUAGUCUAAGUCUAAAUAGUAAUAAUAGUUGCAUAGAAAAUGAAAAAUACUAUUAACAUUGUAUGUGAAUUAGAAUAUUAAUUGUGUUGCUUAAAAUAUAGUACAUGUUAUUAUGUUAAUUAUAUUCAUGCCUCAUAGUCAAUGCAUUAAGUUCAACUGAUUUUAGUCCAAUAAAAAUAAGUACUGUUGUUUUUUGAGAUUCUCAAACAAUUUACAACAAUGUGUGUUUUAAAAUAAUUAUCUUUCUUGAAUAUUAUUACCUUUGGAGUCAGUAAAAAUGUUUCAAUCUUCAACUUUGAAGAUGGUUUCUGCUAUAGAAAACUGGAUCUGGUAAUACUCAAUUUUUCGUCAAACAUAUUUUUUAUUAGUAUUUUAUAGACAUGGCCUAUUCAAU